CUGAAGGUUUCUUCUUCUUCCUCUCAGCUGAUAUUUGAGAAAGAGGGAGUCUACCUUCACACCAAUGCCAAGAGGACGCUCCAGGAAACCAGCAUCCCGGGAUUUAUCCGCAUCGUAGAACGGGCUGGAGUGCCCGCUUUAGAAUGGAGCCCCCUGCAGGACGAGGGACGCAGCGCGCCUACGGUCCUCUACAGCAGGAAGGAUGGGGAAGGAGGCGAGGAGGACAUGAACUUUGACCCUGGGUAUGAGCCCGACUGGGCGGUCAUCAGCACCGUGAAGAAAGACCGUGAACACGCCCAAGUGAAAGACUCAGGUCAGUGGGCGUUCUCUCUGCCUCUGUCGGAGCUGUACUCCCUCCGGAGGGCCCGCUUUUCCCUGGGUCGGAACUUCAUGGUGCUGACGAGCAGAGGGGGCCACCCGCUUCCUCCUCUGCACUUCCACAGAGGAGGAACCAGGGAACUUCUGAAGGCUCUCCACCAUUACAUCGUCCUGGACCAGUCUCCUGUUGACGGGCGCCUCUUCCUUGCAUACCCACGCGACUCGAGCUCGGAAGCCUUCCCUCAGACCUUCGACAAGCUUCAAAUCCUGGAUGACGGCUCCGACAUCGUCGCGAGAUUCAUCCACGACCCGUACGCCACCACGUUUGGAGGAUUCUCCAAGGUCACCAAUUUCUUCCGCGCGGCUCUCCGGCCUCCUGACGCCCCCGUCAGGCAGGCUGCCCAUGGACCGGGUCUGCCGGCGCAGCCUGACGACGAGCCUGGAUUUGAGCUCAUCACCUGCGGCGUGGAGCUGGGCCCCAGGCCGGACGUAACCAGGGGGCAACCCCUGGAUAAAUGGGAGGAGUUUCUGGACUCCGAAGGCCGGGUGACGGACCCGGAGAAAGUCAAAGAACUCGUGUUCAGAGGGGGCAUCACUCCAUCGCUCAGGAAAGAAGUGUGGAAGUUCCUCCUCGGUUUCUAUCCAUGGAAAAGCACCUCAAAGGAAAGAGAGGACAUUCUUCGAGUCAAAACGGAUGAGUACUUCCGGAUGAAGGUGCAGUGGAAGUCUGUGAGCGAAGAGCAGGAGAUGAGGAACACCCUCCUCAGAGGGUACAGGAGCCUGAUAGAGAGGGACGUCAACAGGACGGACAGGAACAACACGUUCUUCUCCGGCAACGACAACCCCGGCCUGACUCUGCUCCACGACGUGCUGAUGACUUACUGCAUGUACAACUUCGACCUCGGUUAUGUCCAGGGGAUGAGCGACCUCCUCUCUCCCAUCCUGUUUGUCACUCAGAAUGAAGUGGAGUCCUUCUGGUGUCUGACUGGCUUCAUGGAGCUGGUGCAUCAUAACUUUGAGGAGUCCCAGGAGGCGAUGAAGGAGCAGCUCCUUCAGCUGAGUAUCCUGCUGAAGGCUCUGGACCCAGAGCUGUGUGACUUCCUCGACUCUCAGGACAGCGGCUCCCUCUGCUUCUGUUUCCGCUGGCUGCUCAUCUGGUUCAAAAGAGAGUUUUCCUUUGAGGACAUACUUACCUUGUGGGAGGUCCUCUGGUCUCAGCUCCCAUGCAGCAACUUCCACCUGCUGAUCGCCUGCUCCAUCUUGGAGUCUCAGCGAGGAGAGCUAAUCGGCUCGGACCACGACUUUAACACCAUCCUCAAGCAUAUAAAUGAGCUGACAAUGAAGCUGGACCUGCAGAGCGUCCUGCGUGAUGCGGAGGCCAUCUACCUGCAGCUCGUUUGCUGCAAAGACCUUCCCCGCAAAGUGAAGCAGGUGUUGGGUCUCUGUGAGCCGUCCAGUUCAGAGGAGGCGACCCCAGACUCUCAGAGUAGCGAGACAGAACACCUCCUCUGUCAGGCGGAGGGAGGAGCUGCAUCAUCGCAUGUUCCCACCUACCCUUAAAACUCAGUUUAGCUGCUCAAAUUACUGUACGUUGAUAAAAAUAAUGACUGUUGUUACACAUUUACGGAGGUAGGGAGCGCUGUGUAACCAUUAUACCCAAUUAUGCAGUGCUUUGUUCAGUAUUCUUUUUUGCCUCAUGUCUCUGUUGUUCUGACUUUUCUCCAUCUGAUGCUGCUUAUUUACUCCUUAUUAUACUGUUUAUUUCCUUUUAAUGAAGAAUUAUGUUUUAUUUUCCCUCCAUUGUAUCUGAAAAGAUUAGAAGAACUCAAUAAACCGUGUCGGCGCUACGUGUCGCCUUUUGGCACUAUGCAAAGUUUUAUGCAUGCCCUAUAGUUUUCACUCUCUGCAUAGUUUUAUUUUUAAAACUUAUUGUAACAAGUAAUUAUUGGAUAAUAAAAUGAAUGCA